AUGCUUAGUAUUGGUGUGGAUGAAGACAGUCCCGGUCAGUGGGAGGCUCUGAGUGGUCUGAAUAUCAAGAGUCUGAGUCUGAGUGAGUCGAUGUCGCAGUCUCUAUCAUCGCUCACACGUUUGGAAAGGCUUAGUAUUAUAGAAAAUGAUGACAGUCAUGUUCUGUGGGAGGUUCUCCGUGUAUCAUCGCUCACACGUUUGGAAAGGCUUAGUAUUAUAGAAGAUGAUGAGAGUCAUGUUCUGUGGGAGGUUCUCCGUGUAUCAUCGCUCACACGUUUGGAAAGGCUUAGUAUUAUAGAAGAUGAUGAGAGUCAUGUUCUGUGGGAGGUUCUCCGUGGUCUGAAUAUCAAGAGUCUGAAUCUGAGUGGUAGGUGGAGUCUAGAUUUGACUAUGCAUCAUGUUGAGUCGUUAUCGCAGUCUCUAUCAUCGCUCACACAGUUGGAAACACUAAGUAUUCAAGUGAAUAAAGAAAGUCCCGGUCUGUGGAAGGCUCUGAGUGGUCUGAGUAUCAAGACUCUGAAUCUGCGUUAUGCUUUGAGAAGUUUGAGAGUGAAACAUGUAGAGUCGAUCUCGCAGUCUCUAUCAUCGCUCAUACGUAUGGAAACGCUUAGUAUUGAAGUAUAUGAUGACAGUCAUGUUCUGUGGGAGGCUCUCCGUGGUCUGAAUAUCAAGAGUCUGAAGCAGAGUGGUUGGUGUAGUGGAGGUUUGAUAGUGAAUCAUGUUGUGUCGUUAUCGCAGUCUCUAUCAUCGCUCACACAACUGGAAAAACUUAGUAUAUGUGUUUCAGAAGAGAUGCCCGGUCUGUGGGGGGCUCUCCGUAGUCUCAAUAUCAAUAAACUGAGUCUGAGUGGAUGUUUGAGAGUGAAUAAUGUUGAGUUGUUGUCGAAUUCUCUAUCAUCGCUCACACAGCUUAAAACACUAAGUAUUAUUGUUGAAAAAGACAGUCCCGGUCUUUGGGAAGCCCUCAGGUGUCUGAAUAUCAAGAAUCUUGGUGUGGAAUGGUUUGCGAGUGAAUAA